UCAAUGACCGCUGGACCGACAGACCGGGCACACGUGUUCCCACCGUCGCGCGUCUAACCAAAAUGCAUGUAAAUACACAACACGCGCGUUUCAGAACGCGGCGGCGCGCGGGCGCGGGAAAACUUUGACAGUUGACGUUUAUUUUUUUAAAGCAGUGACAGCAGGUUCGCCCGGUUGUGAUGACACUGAAAUGUGAUUUUUUUAUGUGAUAAAUGUGUGUUUGUGUGUAUCGUGAUUCUAAAAAAUUCUAAGUUAGAAAAUUUUAAUAAAUAAAUCUAAUUUAGGGUAUGGUGUUAAUUAGAAAAGUCGUUGCGACUGUGGAAAAUUUUUACUUUUAUUAGUAUGCAGCUACUAGACGAUAAGAAAUUACCUUUAGUGUUCAAACAAAACGAUUGAAACAAAAGAAAUGACAAUCAAAUUCAAAAAUAAAUGACGUGAAACUCAUAAAAAACAAUUGAAAAUGAAAAGAUUGAAACAUAAAAAAACAUAAGUGACAAAUAGUGUUAGAAAAUGGAACAAUAAGUGUGGUUAGGAUGGAGCACCCGGGCGGUUUUGCGGCCUCGCCCUGGGCGGCCAUGCUGGGUCAUGGCAUGCAUGGCAUGAUGCAGCAUGACUACACGCAUGCACAUGCGCAUGCCUCCAUGCCAAUGGACCUCCAUGUGCCUCAAGCUUUUCCUUAUUAUCGGUAUCGCGACGAUGCAUUGUGUUGGUCAGACAGGAAACCGUCGGUAGAUGGCGUUGGGAACGCUGCUUCGGUUAAUAGUCGAUACUAUGCACAAGAGAACUGCAUCCUCGAGCUUAGAAAAGAGAAGAGUCGAGAUGCAGCGCGGUCGAGGCGAGGCAAGGAGAACUAUGAGUUUUACGAGCUGGCGAAAAUGCUGCCACUACCGGCUGCUAUCACUAGCCAGCUGGACAAGGCCUCCAUCAUCAGGCUUACCAUCAGCUACCUCAAGUUACGUGACUUCUCAGGACACGGAGACCCGCCGUGGAGUCGCGACCCUCCGCCCACCAGUAAAGCCCUUAAAGGUGCACAGAACAGGCGGACGUCUGCGGGUAUGGCCUUGGAAUUGUUUGAGCAGCAUCAAGGCACUCACAUACUCCAGUCUCUCGACGGGUUCGCGCUCUCAGUGGCAGCGGACGGGAGAUUUCUGUACAUAUCUGAAACUGUCUCAAUAUAUUUAGGAUUAUCACAAGUAGAGAUGACUGGUAGCAGCAUAUUUGAUUACGUUCACCAAAGCGACCAUGCGGAGAUCGCGGAGCAGCUCGGUCUAUCCCUGGCCGGCAGGGGCGGCGGGGCCGGCCUGAAUAGUCCAGCCUCAGGCAGCGAGGAGGGAAGUCAACAUGGUACCAACAAUCCUGAUGUGUCAGCACAAAUGACUCUGGCUGCAAGUGGGGUGUUAUUCCGAGGCAUGGAUAGAGCCUUCUGCGUCCGGAUGAAGAGCACGCUCACUAAACGCGGCUGCCAUUUCAAGUCCUCUGGAUACAGGGUGGUGCUCAUGCUAUGUCGUCUACGGCCGCAGUACACGUUCUCCCACAGCCGCAAGUCUCCACCAGCGCUGCUGGGCAUGGUCGCCCUAGCUAUUGCUCUACCACCGCCCUCAGUACACGAGAUAAGACUGGAAUCAGAUAUGUUCGUGACGAGGAUUAACUUCGACUUCCGAAUAGCACAUUGUGAACCCAGCAGGGUAUCAGAGCUGCUGGGCUACACCGCCGAGGAACUGACGGGGAAAAAUCUUUACGCGCUCUGCCACGGUGAAGACGCUAACAAAUUAAGAAAAUGCCAUGUAGAUUUAAUGAAUAAGGGCCAAGUGUUGACGCACUAUUAUCGACUGAUGAACAAGCUGGGCGGCUACACCUGGAUGCAGACGUGUGCCACCGUCGUCUGCUCCUCCAAGAACGCUGAGGAACAGAACAUUAUCUGUGUGAACUACGUCAUCAGUGGCCGAGAGUAUCCCAACACCGUUAUGGAUUGCUGUCAAUUAGAAGAAAGCGUACAAGGAGUGAAGCGCGAAGAAACGAUAGGAGAUCCCGAUAACGGACCGCCUGAUGCUGACACGCCCGGAGCACCGCCGCCGCCCACCAGACACACAACCGAGCGCAACGAAGCCCCGAACAACUCUGACUCCGCUUCAACAGUACCACCAACUUCGGAUGUGACACAUCUAACGAGGCUUAGCGACACACAACCAUUACCGCUGCACACUAACACAGAAAGAACAUCACCGAUGCCUGCUAGAAGACUGAAAAAACGAAAGCAUACCACUGAUUGCGAAGAAGAUACAGAAAGAGACGAAGAGAGGCGGAAGAGCAACUCUAAUCCCAGCACAGCCAUAUCACCCGCCGACAUGAGUAAAACAAACUUAGCGAUACCAGAAGGUGGGGGCGACGCAACUUCAGUUAGGGAUUUAGAGAAUGCUAUGUCUAAACAUUUGCCAUCAGUAGCUUUAGAUGGAAAGGAAAUAUCACACCGACCUACUGACUUCUCUACGGAUGCUCUACUAAAGCAACAACAGCAGAAAUCCACUAUACAGUGGAUAGGGACACAGAAUCAUCACUUGAACCACCUCAAUAGACAGAUACCUGGCAAUCACACGCCAAACCCUGCAUCAGCGUUGUUGAGACAACUCUACGCGAACAGGGAAAGUGUAAUUCGCAGUAACUUCUUAGGAGAUGGAAGAGGUGGGGGAUAUUAUUCCAGUGAUGGCCAAACGGGACCACUGCCGACGCCGCCCGGUAGCGAAGGGUCCGGUUAUGGUGAACAACUCGGACACAAAACUACUGAAAUUGGAUCUCUGGCUUAUACAAGCUAUGGGGAUUACCAUUCCGCGAUGACCCCACCCGGAUCUGUUUCACCAAGAGAUAAACAGCAAUACGCGAUAUCUUACGAUAACAGUGCCUACUCUGAUGCACUAAGACAUUCUUAUUUAGGCGAAGCUCCAUUACCGUUGAAGCCACAAGCAUAUUCUGCAGUGCCCGGUGCAUUGGAUUAUGCGUCGCCUUUGGAUCAAUCUCAAUUUUUCCAUCCACCAUCAUCAUUCCAUCUCUAUCAUCCUCAGGCGCAUGCCGCACAUCCGUCUCACUCUCACCAAUCAGCGGAUAAAACAGCACCACCAAAUACAAAUUGGUACUCGUCUGGGUCAUAGCCAUAUAGAUAAUAAAUAUUGAGAUACAAAACGUUUGCCAAAAAUGUAAGGCGUUGAUUCAAAUGUUUGAUUCAUAUUUAUUGUUACUGACGACUUUUUUGUUAUCGUUUAUGUUUACGAUGUCUGAAAAUGUUUUUAUAAUUUAACUAAAACAAAGUUAUGAGUUUUAUGUUGCAAAAUGAACAGGGGUGUUAAUAAAGUUAUUAACAACUGUACGUUCUUAUAGACAAAUGCCAUCCAUCUAUUGUUUUUAUAUUUUGUGUGCCAAGUGGUGCUGGGUUGCCAUUCGGCUUGAUCGGAUAACGUGCAAUUAAUUAUCUUAUGAUCGUGAAAAUUGGUAUGUUAUAUUGCUGAAUAUUCACAGUGGAAUAUAAACAUUUUUUGUCACUGGCAACUUCACGAUGAUUAUGACAAAUGGGGGGAAUUUUGCAACCUAUGCAAGGAAUGUUUGAAAGGAAAAUGUUUAUUGUACUGAAAUAAACACGAUGUAAUGUCUUUUUUUAUAACACAAAAAACAAGAGCUAAUUAUAGCUUGUUGCAUAUCAAUUAUUUUUAAAUUUAAGCUUUCUGUAAAUUAUUGUACAAUUUCAUGACUGUUUUUAGGAUUAAUGUCUUGAAUUCUGUAAAUUUUAGGAAUUAAGUAUUGUAUAUUAUUUUUACUAUUUGAAUAUAGAAUUUCAUUGUAUAUAACAUUGUUAGAAUAACGGCCACAUUUUUUGUCAAGGCUCAAAGACUUUUUUGUUACAUUUGUUUUUUUUUAAUUAAAUAUUUUAAUUAUAAUAUUCUGAAUUAAAAUAAGAAUUGUAAAUUAUUAUUAAUACGAAAUCUAUCGAAGCCUCUCUAAGGAAAUUCGAGUGUACAUACAUAAAAAUUAUGUAUUACAAAGACGCCAUUUUGUAUUGGAAAAUUAAUAUUAAUACUCAGAUAAAUUAAUUAAAUAUCGUGGUUUUCGAACGAAUUAUUUUAUCAAACAAUUUGAAUUAGUAAGUACAAUUUCCUGAAAGUUGGGAGUUUCUAGUGUGACUAUAAUUUUGAGUUUUUUGAUGAUUUUGUCGCACAGUGGAAUAGUUCUUGGGCCUCCAUAGACAGAUUCAUCUAAUAAAUGUUUUUUCUUGAUAUACUUUGUAUGAGUUAAUACAGUAGAACCUCGAUAAGUUAAAGUCCAAGGGAAACUCAAAAUAUUUUGAGUUAUAGAGGUUUUGAGUUAUCAAGAGUCUAGGUUGUAGAGGUUCUACUAUACAUACUUUAUAACGUAAAAUUGAUCUUAUAUCGAUCUAUCUAUGGAGGUCCAAGAAAUAUUCCACUGUGCGCCGUAUAAAUGCAGUUUAUUGUAUGUCACCGCGGAAUCUCAUAACACAUUAUAAAGAAACAUGUAUCUGAGGAUUAACCGCGAAUAUUGUGAGAAUGUAUUUGUAACUUUAUGUACAUGAUAUUGGUUCAUUUUUCGACCACUAGGGGCGCUGCACAAAUCUUAUAUGAGGAUAAUGUUACAAAAACAAUCUCGGGAAUAUUCGCAACUGUUUCUUAAAGAUUGAAGAAAUUGCUGUUUUUGUGUGGUAUAUUUACACUCGCAGUCUUGAUCAAAGAUUUCAUUGUUAAUUUUUCAUGACAAAUUAAUACAUAAAAAAAUAAAUACUCAAAUCAUUCCAUUUGAUGUAAUUUGAUAUGAAAAUGUGUAAUUUUAUAAUAGUUAAACGUUUAGGUAUUUACAAUAUUAAUUAAAUAAUGUAUUCUAUUUACUGUGCAAUACAAGUGAAUGUUUUGUUUUCUAAAAGCUUCGUUAAUGUAUACUAAAUUUAAGGAAUUAUAAUUAAAAAAAAAUGUAAUAAACCUGUAAUUAAUAUUGGGAUUAGGCUUGUAUCGCGAAUAUCCGACAUUUACUUUUUUUUAUCUUGAAAUGAUUUUUCAAUUCAACAUUUUUUUUAUGUUUUUAAUCGAUCA